GAAAUAUGGGGAGAGCGUUACAAAUAAUCUAAAAAUAAUCUUGUAUAUAGUUUCAAUGUAGAUAUCUAAGUCAGAUCUGGUAGAUGCGACUCGACUAUGGAUUAGGUCCCAAGUGAAAAGCAUUUGGUCUGAGCCUAAGUCAAACUCGAGUGUCAACAUGUGCUUGAGAAGUGGGCAGCCCUUAGGAGAGAGGGGUAGGGCUGUGUCAUAGCUUCCGGUGCCUCUGCACAUGGGAUGUUGGACCAGACCUUUCACACAGCUCAAGUUUCCCAGAACACCCGCUGUGAACAGUGCAACCACUGCACCUCCACGGAAAUUUUGCAUUCAGCUCCCCAGACAGCUCCUCUGGCAUACCCCAGAGUGCUUGGCUUUCAUCUUCACUUCCUGUGGUUUCUCUGCAGAGCAGCGUGGGAGGGUUUUACUGCAUAACUUGUGAGGCAAUUCGUGCUGCUGUAACACUUCAGGUGGAAGACCGCAGUGUUCACCUCUGCUUUGUACAGACAUCAGAGAAGUCAGCCUGUUUGUUGCAGUGGUCAGAUGGGACAAGAUGGCCUCAGCUGGUGGGUGUUAGGGCCCAUGUGUGCAGGGACACCCAAGAAGGCACUGUUGAAGGCAUGACAUUGGCACACAGGAAUAUAGGUUUAUCACAUGUGGAAGUAUGAAGUGUAACUGGUUUACUGGACCAGAGGUGCCUGAUCUAAACAGAGCGCCAUGCGAUUAAGUCCUAACCAGAGCCAGACACUGCUUGCUGCUGCAGAGUUUCCCUAAGCUGCCAGAGAAGACCAGGCGAGGGGGUGUACACAUCUCUUCCAUCAUCUGGGCAAACAGCGCAGGAGCUGUCAAUGGCACCAGAAGAGCUGCUGUAUGUGGAAUCGCUGUUAGCAAAACCCCGCUAAGGCAGGAGUGUUCCUAUUAGUAUGUCACUGAAAGGAAUUUUCCUGCGCUACUUAAGCACUGACCAGUCCUCUGCCAGAGCCAGGAUAUCUGGUGUAACGUUUUGGCCCAACAGCAGCUGAACUUUUCUGUGCCUUUUAUAUAUUUUUGACUUGCUAAGUUAAUUGGAUCUUCUCCAGCUGGAGGUUAAAUGCCAGCAAAUAAGCAGGUUGCCUGUUACUGUUUAAACUAAAAAUGCACUUGCAUUGUAUUAGGUGAUGUUUCCUUGUAUCACCCUAAUGCUUAAAUUUUCUCUUGCUAGGUUUUUUUUACCAUGCAGAUGAGCCUGCACUUCAAAAUGUACUAAAAUUUCCUGGCCACAAAGCUUCGUGCAACCUUUUUUCUGACCACAGGACAUCAAGCUUUUGCUGCUGUGGAGUUUACCUAAAAGGAGAAAGACCUAUCCACUCCUUUCUAAGGAUGCUCAUCACAUAGGAGCACUUUGAGGGUACUGCCUUUCUGCAGCUAAAGGCAUGGCAAGCCUUCCCUGGACCAUGGCAGAGGGGCUCUCCAAUGAGACAGUCAAUGCCAGCUUGGAGGUAAGCUUCCAGUACCCCCUCUUCACUGUCAUCUACAGCCUCGUCUUUGUGCUGGGACUGAUAGAGAACAUCCUUGUCCUGUACCUGCUGGCCUCCAAGGUCACCCACACCUCUCAUUCCUACAUAUAUAUAAUGAACCUGGCUAUAGUAGAUACCUUGUUUGUUUGCAUCUUGCCCUUUAAAAUCCAUUACCAUCAAAACCAGAACCACUGGAUCUUUGGUGACCUGGCUUGCAGAAUCACUGGCACCUUCUAUUACAUCAACAUCUACCUAAGCAUUGCCUUCUUCACCUGCAUUUGUAUUGAUCGGUACAUAGCCGUGCUGCACCCCUUCACAUACAUCAAGGUCAAAGGCACCCACUACACAGUAGUAGUCAUUGCCCUCUGGUUGGCUGCCAUAAGCAUUGCCGUCUCGCUGAUACUCGAGGGGCCCCUUCACAACAGCAGCACAAGGAACAGGACAGCCUGUUUUGAGAACUUCUCAGUGACCAGCUGGACUCAUCGCAUGGUGCCCUACAACGUUCUUGCCUUGAUGCUCGGCUUCGUCAUUCCCUUUGCUAUCAUCCUGAUCAGCUACCCUCUUAUUGCCAAGCGCAUCUCCCGCAUCAGGCACAACAUGUUCAAGAAGAAGGCCUUGAAGACUAUCUACGUGAUCCUGUUUAUCUGCACCGUGAGCUUGCUUCCUUACCACCUUACCCACCUCUUCCACUUCCUGGCUAAGGCUCAGGUCAUCAACAAUCUCCAGUUUAUCAGCUUCAUCUACAAAAUGCGCCGGGUUACAUUAGCCCUGGUUAGUUUUAAUUGCUGCCUGAACCCCAUCCUGUACUACUUCAUGUCUGCCAGCAAGCAGUGGCACUUUCAGAUCAGGCUUCGAUCCCAGCCCAAGGAGGUUUACACCAUCUGUGACAGAAAACUCAGUAACCAUUCCUGCUUUUACCAAAGCAAGUCAGAGCCAAAACUUGAAAGCAAAAACACAAGGAUGAAACAAACUGGUUUAUGUAAAACAAGGUAAAUCAAUCAUUCACCUCUAAGUUCCUGGCUUAAAUUUAACCCAACUUUGAAUUGUAGCACUAGUAGUAGUAAGGGAACUCUCUGAGGUCAAGAUUGUAUUAUGCCUGGUUCUAUACUUCUGAAGUGAACAGUGUCCAUGUUAAAAACAGCUGCUUCCAUCCUUCCUUCCCAAAAGAAGCAUCAACUGAUAACAGCAAUCUUUAUCUGUGGCCCUAGCCAAGCUGUAAGGCCUGGUAGCAGAGGUCACAGAAAGCAGCCUGUGCUGCCUGGUCUGUGAAUUAGAAAGACUUGCAUUUGUACCCAGUCCCACUGCGGGUUUCGUAAGCAGUGACAAAAUGUCAGAAGCAAGACUGCAGAGCAAAGUUUCCAAAUUAACAUUACUGUUAAGUUAAAAAAUCCUUUAUUGGAAAGUGGCAAUGCUAGGCUGAUUUCUAAAGCAAGCAAGGCAGUUAUCUUGCUGGCAUUUAACAUAUCCUUGUACAACAAGAAUAAUUCCAGCCCUGAAUGGCUGCUGGCUACACACUGUGAAUUAAAAAGAGGAACUAAAACACAAGCAACUGGCCUCGUUAAACACAUUGUUUUUGUAUAUGGUAUUCAUUUUUCAUGUUGCACUGAGUGGAUUAAUUACAGUUAAAUAGAUAUUGAAUUCUAAGUAUUAAAUGGACCUGUCCCAAUAAGGGUUGUUUGGCAUACUUAGCUACCUAACUGAAAUGACUUAUUUCCUCAUCUGAACUACUCUCACAAGGUUGGGGUAUUCUUUAUUUUAACUUCAAGGGAGGCAGUCUGGGCAGUGCCUAGAAUAAAAGGAUAAGGAGUUGCAAACCCCUGGGUUCAAAUCCCAGGUCUGCCAACUUGGCUCAGAGAGUCUGGCAACUCCUUCAACUGCCACGCAUCUGUGAAGCUGGAAUAAACGUGUGCCUCAGCAGGCUGUUACUACUGAGGUCCAUUGGUUACCAACACUGUUAUUCUUGUACCAUUACCAGAACACAGGUGCAAUUAAGUUCAUUGGAGGGCUCUUUUCUCUAACCCAACAGGGAUAUUAGAAGCAUGGAGGGACAGAAAAACAUAUGAGCGCCUUACUAUAAGUUUGUCAGCUACUGUACAAGGAAGUUUUGCAGACAUUUUAAUAGAUUAAGUUACUGCUGCAAUACGAGGCUUGGGACUUUGUGUUAAUACUGGAUUGAGCUAGCUGGUCUUUUCCAUUUUAAUGCUGAAGCUAAAUGGCUCUUAAACUGUUUUUGUUAAUGCCUCAAACCUAUUUUGUCUUCUAUAUCACUCCCAUAGCAGUGUCCAACUGAGCUACCAAAGACAGCUGGCUCCUGUUCAAAAGGCUUGUAAGGACCCAACUGAGCUGACAGAGCAAGCAAGACAACAGAAAUUCAUGGGGCAGUGACUUAGAAGAGGAAAAUGGUGCUAUGGUGUGUGGGUUGAUGUUCUCACUUGUUUGUUAGUGAAAUAAAAACCUAACUGCUGCAUGGAAAGUUACUGUCAGAGGGUAACUGACUUUUCAUACCUCAAAAAUAAAUGCAAGCAGAAAAACUCAGUGAGGGUUUUUCCAGUUGAGAAACCACUGUUGCUAAAUCAGAACCCUGCCUGAGGACUUGGAGCAUAUUGAACUGCACAGACUAUGGGACAGAGGAAAGACUUCAUUUUUUUUAUUUAAAAAACACAAGCUACAUAUUUACAUCCUCCCUUGCUUCAUCCUUCUGACAACGUAC